AUGAAGCCGUGGUCGUCCACUGCAGCUCAUGUGGGCUUCCUGACCCUCUUCGUCCUUUGCUUGGGCACCGGCCCCCUUGCCCAUGCCCAGGACACUUGCGCCAGCAGUCCCCACACCGCAUCCAUUACUUGCACCAGGGACUGCAGCAUGGAGUCUAACACCGGCAUUGCUGGCUUUUGGUAUGCCUUCUUGACUGACAUCGGUCUUCAGAUCAAUGCCAAGCUAGUCGGACCGAUCGCCGAGUGCCCUGAGAAGAUGACUUGGCUGGAGGAAAUUGCGGUGGUCUGGAUCGACGAAUCUGGCAAGAAGCGUUCAUUGGCGGUCAAGAUCGACCAAGAAGCAAACUGGUACGAACAAGACGUCUUCCAGUUCGAGAGUGAUGAACAGAGCGUCGAAGCUCCAGCACCGGCCACCAAGGACGCGAGCUCCAUCACGCGCGAACCCGACGUCGCUUGGAUGGCUGACGACGGCUCUGCUUCCGUUUUAAGGGUGCCCAACGAGUGGAACACGUCAGUGUUGUCCGUUCCUGACGUCAUCAUGGUGCACAUCUCGAGCGACGUUGAUGAGUGGAUCCAAGGCUCAGCUGACCCUCUGGGAGCUUACGGGAAGUACCUGGAUAUGUCCAUCAAAUACGUGCGUCCCCUUUAUCCAUCCGUGCACGGCAUCAUCGGCCAAAUGCUGCAGCCCAACGCAUACGAGAUCAAGAUGGCCAUCGAAACGAGCAACAAAGAGAAGCGGGAGCGCGUCGACGGCGACGAUGAUCUGUACGAGGUGGCCGGGCUGGCUGACACCGAGUGCCACUUCUGCCGCUUCGACCAGGCCCUCGUGUUCGCUCCUCCCCCUCGUCCCAAUCCUGUUGCACGUGGAUUUGCCUCAACAACACAUUCCCAGCUGCCGCAGAAACUACUGGCGAAAUGGCUUUUCCCCGGGGCCAGUCCCCGGAGCCUCCCUGGACUCACUCCGGGGAGCAGCCAGGGAAGCGUACUCCCCGGGGUGCGACCGGACUCCGGGGAACCGGUCCCCGGGGUCGAGGGGCCGGGGACACCCCGUGCUGUCAGUCCCCGGCCUGUCCCCAAGUCCGGGGACCUGCUCCCCGCCCUGUCCGAGACCCCGGGGACGGCGACUCCGGGGAGCGACUCAGGGGAAGCCGUCCACGGAGUCUGGGCUCUGUGUCCCCGGACAUGCGACUGGUCCGGGGACAGCCACACCGGGGACGAGACUCGGGGAGCGACUUUUUGA